AUGUCAGGAUGGGUGAGCGCGUGGCUACAGGGUAAGACCGAGAACGAUGACGAGAGCACAUCCGAAGGUUUUCAGACAAGUGGGAACACACUUUCAAAUGGUGUCGUUCCUCCUUCCAAUGACGAGAUUCGGCGCAAGAGGCUCCAGAAGCUCCAAGAGCAGCAGGAGGCUGCACAAAAGGCACAUUUAGCCAAUCAAACGGCAGAUAAAGUAGACAAAGACAUUAUUAUGACCAAUCUCGACGCUUCAUUGCCUCAAACUGAUAAAAAGCAGCGUGUCGAAGACGUAUUACCUACAGUUGAGCCUCAAGUAGCGCCAAAAGAGCCUCAAAAGCUGAAAAAAACUGGACUUUCACCUGAAAUUUAUGUGAAUGAUAUGCUACAGCGCGUGCUCCAUGUGACAUUGUCAUCAAACACUAGCAGUCAGACUUUGCUGCAUUUCUCGAAUUUUGAAGAUACACGACUUACAAUAGCCAAUGUUAGUGAAGUGCUUUAUGCUCGAGUCACAAUGAAUCCAGCCGAUCUUCCAGGAGGAAUUCAACAUCCUUUAGCUGCCGUAGCAUAUCUCGAACAAGUUUUCUAUCGCUGUCAAGACGAAAAACAAAAGUUACAGUCAUCGUUUUUGCGUCUUUCACCUGAUACGAAAAAAAUUUUUUGUGAUUGUCUUGACAGUAUCCACGAUAUGUGCAUCAACUAUAGUGCCACUGCAUUAACCGAUCCCGAUAUCUUUCCUUUUGAAGUUGGAACCAUUAACGUUGAUGCAUUGGAAAAAAUUGUGCGAGUGCAAGCCAAUGCACUUACAAGUGAGUUUGUUGAUGGAGUAGUGACUGUAUUAGAGGAAAAUGAUGCAACGCAGGUGAUAUUUGCACCGAUAUUUCAAAAAUUACUGGCUGAAUUAUUCAUGAUCAAUCCACCGUCGUUGAUGUCAAAUUUUUACGAAAACAUGUACAUUGUGACUGUCUUGUGUCGUAAUAAAGCGCUAGCGACAGUUUUUAGUCAAAUUCCGGGUUUUUUAUUGACACCAGGACCACCGAUGACAGGUCGUCGGCUUCAAGAUGCUACUGCAUUGGGUUUACUAUUGCGCUUUAGCUGCAACCAGGACCCAGCGAUCACUCAGAUGUUUACGAAUAUUACGAAACGCACUAAGAAUGAUGUGGAUAACUCGAUUCUAGCCAUUCGCAACAAAUUGGAUAAUGUACAAGCCACAGUGUCAGAUAUUGUGACGUUACUGCUGAAAGCAGGUGGUUGUGCUCGUGAACAAGUGCUGGCGUGGAUGGAGCAAGCCAUGCAGGUUAAUGCAGAACGUGCAAAGGAAAAUCCAGACGUGAAUAUCACGUCUACGAACGGAAUGUUCGUGAAUCUGACGAUGGUGCUUUUGAAAUUAUGCGGUCCAUUUCUAGCACCAAAUUCAAACAAAGCUAAAUUAAUCAAGACAGAGUACUUAAUGAUGCAAAACCCUCUGUUUCCGUUUGACGAGACAAGAUUACUUGGCACUGGUACUGACACUGCAUCAUCGCAACAGGACGAUCGACAGAUACUGAAUAUUGCCGACUUUAACUUCAUUACGCGUUGUUACUUUAUCUCGGCUCGAGCAUUGCACCUCGGCCCUGUGGGUAUGAUGGGUCAGUAUAUGCGACUACUGCGUCAAUUAUCGUAUUUUCAAAGUCGUAUGGAUGCACCGGAUGCCGAUUCUAGAUUAAAAGCUCAUUUUGAUCAAUUGGCGGCUGCAAAAAUGAUCAUGGAUGCCGAGUUGCUGCACCCAGACUUUCUACACGAAAUUAUCCGAUUUGCGCUUCUUACGAGUGCAGUAGUCAGCUCAAUUUGUACUGGAUUAAAUGUGUUUGACCUUAAUUCUAUCUCGCUUCCUCUACCUUCUCCUGACGUUGAGACCAACCGUGUUCUGAAGUACGUUCCGGAACAUUUGGUAGAUGAUUUAUGCUCUGUUUUAAAGUUUGUCGCGCGCCUGCAACCGAAAGCGCUUAAUUUGUUUGAGCUAGAUGGAUUAUUAAAAAUGAUUUUGAUCUUCCUGUCCAGCCCAAGUUACGUGCAUAGUCCUCACUUGCGAGCUAAGAUGAGUGAGGUUCUCUUUUAUAUUUUCUUACCAUCUGACGCGUCGGACGAACGCGAGACUGCCGGGACUGCUUUUGGCAUGGAACUUCUGAGGUCGAACGUAUUAGCACAACGCCAUCUUGCGCCGUGUCUGUUGGCUUUAUACGGAGAUGUCGAACAAACUGGAUUUUAUGAAAAGCUAGAACAUCGCUAUAAUAUUGCGUGUCUUUUGAAAUAUUUGUGGAAAAUUGAUGGACACAAAUCGGCGUUUUUCACUAUUGCUGAAGAUCGCGAAAACUUUGUGAAAUUUGCGCAUGGAUUAAUGAAUCACAUCAAUAGUUUGGUCACUGAUGCACUGAUAGCACUGCCAGAAAUCAAGCUGCUACAAGAAGAAAUGCAAAAUAUUGCGCAAUGGAUGGCGCUGGACGAAAGUGUGCGUGAACAGAAGCAAAGCUUGCUAUCGGACAAGGAACGGACGGUCAUAUCGAGUUUACAGUUGGCAAAUGAGACGAUACAUAUGAUGUCGUACUUGACAAGUGAGAUUCAAGCACCUUUUGUCCAGAUGCCAGAGCUUGAAGACCGUUUGGUGAGUAUGCUAACUAGUGUAAUUGUAAAGCUCGCAGGUCCACGUGGCAUCGAGCUUAAAGUUAACAAUCCUGAACAGUACAAGUUUCGUCCAAAAGUCAUGUUGAAGGAAAUUGUUGAAACGUUGCUGCACUUUGCUCACUACCCGAGUUUCUUACAAGCUGUAGCGACAAAUGGCUAUUAUGAUGGCCCAGUUUUUCGAAAAUGUGCUCAAAUCGUGGCUCGCACACAGCUCUUGGAACCAAAUGACGUGCAAAAGUUCGAGACGUUUGUUGGAGACUUGGCUAAAGCGGCAGAGGGGGCGGCUAGCCUCGAAGAAGUGCUUGGUGAUAUCCCUGAUGAAUUUCUUGACCCUUUGGUGUUUACUUUAAUGAAAGAUCCUGUCUUGUUGCCAAGUGGAUACACAAUGGAUCGAUCCUGCAUUACGCAGCAUUUAAUGAAUGAUCAAAGUGACCCAUUCACUCGUGUCCCUUUAACUAUGGAUCAACUGCAAUCAAAUACGGAACUCAAGGCGAAGAUUGAAUCGUGGAUCCAAGAACAGCAGCAGAAACAUUUGACGACGUAA